AUGGCUUCAGUCUGUAGCGAUACAACCUGUUCCGAGGACGGGCGAGUUCGUGAUACCCGGAAUUACCCCUCCAGGAAGAUGCUCCUUCGACGCCAUUUUCGGAUAAAUUGGCUCAGAUACGUCGCGGGUCUUUUAUUCCUCCUGACUAUCGCCGAACUUAUCUAUAUCAUCCGUGUCGAUGCUGGAAUAAUCCGCAUAUCCAACGAUCCCUACGACAUUCGCUUCGACCGUCUCACGUAUAAAAGCCCCGAGCUCUGGGACGACAGCCACCAAUCCUUCCUCCGAGGUGCUCGUCCAGUACCGGUACACUCCCACAACGAUUACGAACGCAGUAUUCCUCUCUUCGAUGCCCUCGGCUCAGGCUGUAUCAGCGUCGAAGCCGAUGUCCACCUCAAGCACAACGACCUUCUAGUAGGACACUCAACACUGAGUCUUAGAAGUGGAAAGACCCUUCAAUCGUUAUACUUGAAGCCCCUGCAGCGUAUGAUCGAGGCACAGAAUGCUGGAAGUACCGGAGAGUUGCGUGGACUUUUCGAUAUGGCCCCAAAGCAGACGCUGACGCUGCUUAUCGACUUCAAAACAAAGGGAUCACAUAUAUUUGACAAGCUUGACGAACAACUACAACCACUACGAGAUCUCGACUACCUAACGUACUGGAAUGGGACUGCAAGAGUUAUGCGACCUCUCACAAUCGUUGCAACCGGGAAUGCCCCAUUUGACUCGGUGCUCGCAAUGAACGCAACACACAGGGAUAUUUUCUGGGACGCCAAACUAGAACGGCUAUUCUCGAUGGAAGACGACUUCGACACAAAGCCACCAAUCUAUAGAUUCAACCGCUCCAACUCAUACUUUGCUUCAACAAAGUUCCAAAACGCUAUCUUAUUCGGCGCGAACAACAACAGUGGUUUGGACAACCUACCAUCAAGAGAAAGAGACAUGACAUCGACACAGAUUGAACAAGCUACAUCUCGUGGGCUGUUGGCCCGAUACUGGGAUACACCGUCUCACCCUCCGAAUGUCAGGGAUAUUGCGUGGCGGGUGCUGAUUGAUAGCAAAAUUGGGCUGUUGAAUAUGGAUGAUAUGGGGAUUGUGAGAGCGAGGUCAAGGGGUUGGGGAUCGUUACAGAAUAAGGAUCUGUAG